AAUCUCCUCUUGUCUUUCCCGCAUUCCAAUUCGUCGAGGAAACAAAGCCAGGAAAUGGCGCACAGCCACCCCAUCUCCAUGGAGGCCUACGAUGAUCUCGAGGCCGGCUUCUCCGGCCACUCCACCUCCCCCCUGAAGCCAGCAGCCUCGCUGCGGCGGACCGGCCGCAUGUUCUGCGACCCCUGCGACGACGCCGACGAGCUCCACGGCCACCACCACUACCUCGACAUCUGCUUCCGCUGCCGGAAGCUCCUCGCGGGCAACAGAGACAUCUUCAUGUACAGAGGUGACAUGCCGUUCUGCAGCGAGGAGUGCAGGCAGGAGCAGAUCGAGAUUGACGAGGCGAGGAAGCAGAGGUUGAAGCAGACGGAGAGGGCGGAGCAGCAGCGGCAGAGGCAGCAGAAGCAGAGCCCCCAGAGGAUCCCCGUCUGGGCGUGGUGAUGAAAAUUCUGGGCACCGAACAACGUAGUAGGAUUUAGCAGCAGCAGUUCAAGAACCAAAGCAUGCACGAUGCGGCGGAGAGCUCGCUCAUCCGUGCUCGCGCGCGUGUGGAAGCACGCACGGAUCACCGGCUCGACGGAGGCGCAGGCCACAGGCCGGGCAGGGGAGAAUCGAAUCGGCUGCGUCUUUUUUUACUUUCCCGAUGAGAUCAAAUCAGCUCUUCCUCUUGAUCUCCGAAAGGUGGAGAUGGAGAAUUCAUUUGGUCCGUGGUUUUUAGUUUGCUCCUCUGGACAGUAGCACAGAACAAAAACAAGUGUGCGUGCGUGCAACUUGUGCCGCCGUCGUGUGUGGGAUCGCCGUGUAACCUGUUGAUAUGGAACAAGUAAGAGGCACAAGGAGUUAUCUCGAA